CCUUGCGCAGCGCGGCGGGGCACCGAGUUCGAGUUUGUUCCAUUACUUUGCUCAUUGCUGCCAUUCAGUGCAAGUUGGGCAGUAGAGGUGAAAUUGGCUCCAUUGCCAAUCUAAUGGAACAUCGUUCUUUUGAGCAAGUCCCGUCAGCUAUAGUGCUCAACAAACUAAACAUUCGCGUGAAACGUGAUAAUUGUCGUAAACAACAAAUUCUGCUCCUGCUAUUAUGUUGUUUAAACGGAUCAUUGAAGGAAAGUCGAUGUUGAACGCUGAAACCACCAAGUCCAAGUCACCGGAGAAAUGUUCCAGAAGGCGGUCUGAAUGCGAUGGGUGUGGGGAACAUUCCACUAUUCUGGAAGAAAUGGUCAAGGUGGUUAUGCUGGGAGUUGUGCUGUGGGCGGGAGUAACGUUUGGGAGCCAUGUCGCUCCUUAUCCGCUUAACUUAAUUUUGAAUUCUGACAAUCUUCACCCGCCUCCAAUGUAUGACUUCCCAUUUCCAAGUGCAGAGAUGUUAAAAAGACUUCCCCCUAUAACUGGAAUCCAAACCAACAAGUCUAUCAGUAUUAGCAAGUUUUCAGUUUCAUUGUUGGAGAGGCUAGAACAAAAUCUUAACGCUGCUGGGAUAACUCCAAGAGCAGGAUCACCAGGAAAGGGAUUCAUGAUCCAAGGCCUUCCUUCUGACGACGCGAUGUUUUAUGAAAAGUCAUCUAUGAUUAUCACAAAAGCGUCACAGAAUCUUGUUGUAACUCGAUGCACAAGGUACGGUUUGGCUAAGGACGAGUGUGCAAGUUAUGUUAGUACUUUGAACUUGCGUGAUAGUGAAUAUGGGCCGGAGUGUGCCGCGCUUGAAAGGCUGGCGUGCCGUUCUAACAAGUUAUCAUCACGUUAUCGCUCCUUCGAUGGCUCUUGUAAUAAUCCUGUGCGAUCUUCCUGGGGCCAAUCACUAACUGGCUACAAGCGGCUCUUGCACCCAAGAUAUGCUGACGGCAUCGAAGAGCCUCGCUCUUCUGCAAACAAUAAGCCCCUGCCGUCUGCCCGUUUAGUCAGCACAAAACUUACCAGUAACUUAGAUCGACCUGAUGACAAAAAGAGCAUUGCCUUGCCUAUUUGGAGUCAGUUCAUUUACCAAGACUUGGUUCACAUCCCCGUAAGGAAGACAAUCCAUACCCACCAGGCGAUCCGCUGCUGUGACAAUGAUGGCUCAGCGCUAUCACCUCGCUACCUUCAUCCGAGCUGCAUGCCUAUAUCUGUACCUUUUGAUGAUCUCUUCUACAAAAAGGAAUAUCAAACCUGCAUGGAGUAUACCCGAUCGGCCACAACCUACAGAGGAGACUGCAGUUUUGGUGCUUCAGAACAGAUGAACCAAGCCACGCAUUUCAUGGACGGCUCCCAGCUGUACGGUACGAACGGCCGCGAGGCGGCGGCGCUCCGCGAGAAGGAGGGAGGUCUGCUCAAGACCUCGGGUCCCGGUGCGAAUCUGCCGCCGUUGUCUGCUGACCCUACCGCGCAGUGUCUCGUGGCCGGCCGUGGCGACAUCUGCUUUAAAGCUGGUGACAUCCGCGUGAACAUGCACCCGUGGCUGACGAGCAUGUACGCGCUGUGGGUGCGCGAGCACAACCGCGUGGCGCGCGCGCUGGCGGCGCUCAACCCGGCCUGGAGCUCCGACCGCCUGUUCCACGAGGCGCGCCGCAUCGUUGUCGCAGAGAUGCAGCACAUCACCUACGCUCAUUGGCUACCCGCCCUUACUGGUAAAGCCUUCGACGAACUGUACGACAGCUACGACACCGGCUACAACUCCGAUGUGAACCCGACCGUCAGUAACUCGUUCGCCACGGCCGCCUUCCACUUCGUGCACACCAUGCUCGACCAGGACAUCGAACUGGUGGACACCAACGACGAUGUCUCAUCACACCGCCUCAAGGAGACGUUCUUCAAGCCCACCAUAGUGCCCGGCCAUCUGGAGAAGAUCCUGAAGGGCAUGGCGGAGCAGAAGAGUCAGGGGAUGGACUUGAACUACGAUGAUGAUGUGCGAGACGGCUGGCUGGGCGGGCUGGACGCGCUGGCGCUGGACGUGCAGCGCGGCCGCGACCACGGCCUGCCGGGCUACGCCGCCUACCGCGCGCUCUGCGACCUGCCGCCCGCCACCACCUUCCAGCACUUCACCGAUCUCAUCCCGCAGGAGGUGGUUGACAAGCUAAUGCAAGUGUACGAGCACCCCAGCGACGUGGAUUUGGUCGUGGGCGCCAUGGCCGAAACUCCUCUGCCUGGCUCUUCCUUCGGUCCAACCUUCACGUGCCUUAUCAAGGAGCAAAUGUGGCGCACGCGCUUCGGCGACCGCUACUUCUACUCGCACGCUGACGAGGCCGGCAGCUUCACCAAGCGUCAGCUGGCUGAGCUGAAGCGCGCCUCGCUGGCCCGUCUGCUGUGCGACGACGGGGGCCUCAGCGCCGUGCAGAGGGACGUCUUCCAGCCGAGCUCCCCUAGCAAUCCUAAAGUUCCUUGCGACGAAAUCAAGAAGGUGAACCUGGAGGCUUGGCAGGAGGCUCCGCAGCCGGACCUGCUGUCGCGCACCACAAAGUGGCUGAAGACUCGCGUGGCGCCCGGCGGCCGCGCGCAGUAGCGGGGCGAGUAUCGCGCAGUAGCGGGCCGGCGCGGGGCGAGGAGCGCGCAGUAGCGGGCCGGCGCGGGGCGAGUAGCGCGCAGUAGCGGGCCGGCGCGGGGCGAGUAGCGCGCAGUAGCGGGCCGGCGCGGGGCGAGUAGCGCGCAGUAGCGGGCUGGUGCGGGGCGAGUAGCGCGCAGUAGCGGCCGGCACGUGCCUAGCGCAUCGGGCACCGAGUCUGCGCUACCGCAAGUGCCACAAAUGAAGAGCCCGCCGAUAAACACCUAUGUUAUCGACGUUCUCAAUAUCGUCACGUCCUCGUUUGUGCCCGUGCGAUACAUAUUUAUUAGUAUUUACGUAACGUGUCUGCCUUAAACAGUUUUUUAUAAUUUAAUUAUCUUGGGUUGUCAUAUAGUCAUACAAUUUUCGUGUCGUAGAUAUAUCUAAGCGUUAAAAAAAUUAUCAUAAUUUAGGCGACAAUUAAAUUAAGAGAUUGUUUAAUGUUUUUAAAGUGAGUAGUCCAAAUUUUGUUCCAAACCGCAGUAAGGAAAGUUCCAGUACAGACAUUCAGUAUUUGUGCAUUAAUUACCUGUCUAGGAAUAAGUCAGUGCCAGUCCUUCCCCUAGUGCAGCGGCUGUGAUAGUCGCGGGCCGCGGUCGCCCGCGGCCGAGUGGCUUCCUAUAUAUUAGACCCAUAUGUUAAAAGGUCUAGGAAGCUGUUUAAAAUUGUAAAAGAAAAGCUAUUUAGUUUCUAAAAUGACAAUGCUUUAAAUUAUAUUCGAAUACCGGACAACUUUUUCACCUGUUUUAAAUAGUUAGGUAUGUAUUAUAUCCACACUACGCAGCGGCGUGUAGUGCGCUUCGCGCAGUGUUCAUAUAAUAAUUCAUAAAAUGUAGUACGGUUCUCCGUAGUUCAUUAAGAUUAAUACUCAUUGAAGUCAUAAAUUAUUGUCAUCCCAUCAAAAGCAUAAUUAGAUUAGCGUAAUAUAAAAAUGCACAUGAUUGUUGCUUUGCAGUUGAAUUGAUGACAUCGAAAAUACUAAUUUUAUUUUUAACUGACGGCCUUUUGUAGGCCAUCAAUGCCAAAGACUGGAAUGCAAUUCAUUGCGUUUAUCGAAUUUCAAUGUAGGAUAUAAUCCAGACGCCUGAAUCUUAGCUUGCAUUUCCAAGUCUAGCAAUGUCGUCUGUUCCGACUAAGAUUUAGGACGUGUCUGAAUAGAAGACUUAAAUAGUUUAAGAUGAUAAAUGGAUGAGACGGAGGUUGGGGAAAUAGUGAAGAAAUAAAAUAAAAUAAAGUAACGCCAAGCAUUAGUGAGACACUGAUUACACUAGUAUUAUCAAUGUAAAUUCAAUUUUAACUUUACCUUUUGAAUUCUCAAUUAUUUUAUGCUACUUUGUCCUGUCCGACUUUUAAAUCAAAACAUAAUUUAAAUUCAAAGAUGUAAUAGUUUGUUUUGCUAUCCAGUUAAAAGUAUAUAGGGACCGUGCGCGUCGGAGGGUCUGCCAUCUUGUGGCCUGAAUCGGAACCAUUUAUAAACAUGUACAUUUACACGUCACGUGUUUUCUUGUGCAUAGUAGGUUCUGCCAUCACAAGAAAACACGUGACGUAACACAUGUACAUGUUUAUAAAUGGUUCCGAUUCAGGCCACAAGAUGGCAGACCCUCCAACGCGCACGGUCCCUAUACAUAUUUGCAAUUGUAUUUAUGAUUUGAAUUUGGAUUGUGAAAGACCUUUAUAAACACAAAGUGAUUAUAUUAAAAAAAAGAAAAGCAAGCAGAAUAAUGGAGAAUGGUAAAAUUUGUCUGUUUGUGAACUGCAUAAGGACUUUGUUAAAGCAUUAAAUGGAUUAACACGGAUAUGUUUGCUUCUAAUACUUUUCCAAAAAAAUAAAAGGACAAAUCCGCAACUCGGUUAUACCCGUUCUCCGUUGUGAUGUUGCCAGGGUCGGCUUACAACGAGUAUUUUAAUAUUAUUUCAACUAUUGCUUUGUCUUGUUCCUCUCACAAUUUACUCCAAAGUAUAUUUUACGUCAACUCCAUUAUAUCGGUUUUUGUAACCAUGGUUGCUAUUGUAUAAUUUUAUUGUAUUAAGUUUAUUUUAUACAGUUAAUUAAAAUUUCGUUUCCUAUA